AUGUCGCAGUUUCCACUCGACAAUGGCCCUGGGCCGAUAGGUUCUGCAGACUACUACAAGCACCAGUACGAGUAUCAACAACGGCAGCCACAGCAGCCGUCACUCCAACAGCAGAAGCAACACCAAUAUCAGCGCCAGCAUCAACAGCCGUCGCACAUAUUGCCUACCCUCCAGUCUCCAAUCCAGCGACAGGAUCGUUCAUACUAUCCGCAACAUCAACAUCAACAGCACUACGGCAGCCUGCCCGCCUCACCCUCCUCACCGACGCUCUCUUCCUCCUCGUCGUUCCCUGUCUCUGCGUCCCCUUCUCCGUCGCCCUCUUUUACAUCCUCGCCCACGUCCUACUCGCGACCUUCCUCGGAUAACAACAACACCAGCAGCAGCUACACCAACAGCUCACCUGGCUCGAGUAGAGCGCAGACACAACGUCCCUCCUCUUCCGGUGCCGGGCGUUCAGCUCUCCUUCAGACGAGCGUCAACGCCAACUCGUCUAUCUCGUCACGGUCUCAAAGAAAACCAGCUCCAAGCCCGCUCCAUACGAGCACUGCUAUAUCGCCCCCGAUCACGUCGACGCCGUCGGGCUUCAGCUUUCCUUUCCCCGAUUCACAGCAGCCGAACGGCAACCCGCGAGACACCACCACUACCAGCUCACAAGAGCCCCUCGACAUUCCUCAGAUCGUGACUACCGGCCCAGAAUCGCCUCAACUUCAACGUGAUCAGAGUUUGGGUGCCGAGAAGACGUAUUUCAACAGCGACUCCUCAGGAGCGUCUACGCCCGUGGAAGAGAUAUCAAAUCCCAUACCUGCGGUUUCUCCCCGUUUCCCGAAUGACAAUCGAAGCGUUUCCGACUCCGCUGUGACCCCCAAGCCUCUCGCAGGCGGAACAAUCUCAUCACGGGCAGUCAUGGCAGGCCCUUCCACAGCGACCCGUGCCGAGGCACAUGGAGCUCCCCGAAACGCUUCAAUCGACUCCGGCGUGUCAGCCUUAUCGACUGGUUCGUCCGCAAGGAAAAACUCAACCGACAGCGUCACGACACACGACAUUCCUUCCAUCAUCAAGGCUGCUGGCAGCGCAGAGGCUGUGAUUGAGCACCUACUUAAAGAGAAGCAAGCCCAGUCUCAGCAGAAUGCACAGCUAUGGCGUCUGGUCGAUAAACAGCGGGCUAUGAUUCUUGGCCUCAACAAGGAUCUGGAGCGAGCACUCAAGGACAAGGAAAAGUACCGAAAGAAAGUCAAAGAGAUUUUGCCAGAUCAUGGCCGCCCGCCAGUUCUCUCUGCCCCGGAAAACUCUUCAUCUAAGCAGCCGCAGCAGCAGCAGCAGAACAACAGGCAGGAUGGUAGCGCACCGACUGCAACCCUCCCCGCGUUGAGUGCCGGGGCAAUCAAUAGAGUAACCUCGGAAGAUGUCCCCUCAUCGCCCGUGAGCGUCAAGGACUCGCCGCUGCAAUCUCCUCUGCACUCGCCCGUGGACAUGGCCUUGGCUCCCUACCCAAUAACACCACCAGCUGACCAGCCAUCCGUCGCGGCUGCGUCUGUUGUCGGUGACAUUUUGGACCCCGUUGAGUCGAUGCCCCGGCCGCAAGAUCAUGCAUUGGACAAUUACGACCACGAUGCUGAGGAGCGGGCAGCCGAUAAUGCCCGUCACACGGCCAAUGCUGCCAACGACAUUCCCAUCAACCUCUCUAUUCCGCCAUCGCGUAGCCUACCUAGCAAACCGCCACAAGUUCCACCUCCUCAAAUUCCUGCUGCCUCGUCCGACGAAGGCGUCUCGCAGUUCCCACCGCCGCCGGCGCCACCACCGCGCAAGCCUCCACCGGCUCCAUUAAUGCUACGGGACCCCCGCCCGAACCCGACCAUUCCCAUCGACGACGAGGUCCUCGAGUCGGACUCUGACUACGACUCGCUGCUGGAAGUGACCGAGACGUCCGAGAAGGAGAAGAGAGGUCGGCGGAGAACUAGAGAGGAAGAUGAUCGUGAGCGGGAGAUUCUUGCAAUUCAAGAGGCUGAGAUGCGGAGUUUGUCCAAGAAGAGCAAAAAGAGCAACAGCGCUCACAACACACCCAAGUCGGCUGGUCAACCGACUGCUGCCCCUGAUACUGUACCGCCAAGCUUGAUGCUCUCCCAGGCCGCCCUCCAGCAGCCAAACUCUCUGGAUGGCAUGUUGAGCGAUGAUGGCGACAUCACCAACAAUAUCGUCACUGUGCAGCGAAGCUUAGCAGCUCCUUUGCUCAGCCCCGGUUUGCCGUCGAGCCCCCGGCCUAUGGCGGGCAACGCCAUACCCCGCUCGCCAAUGCAUUCCCCUCCUCUUUCGCCGAGAAUGGUUGGUAAUUUUGGUACGGCUGCUGGCGCAGCUCCGUUAUCGCCCCGUCCUCCUCGUCAGCCGAUCCCUCUGCCGCCGAACACUCCACUUCAGACGCCCUCCCCUGCGCCCGGAGAACCUUUGACGCUUUCGUCCCCGAAACCUCUCAAUAUCAUUAAGAAGUCGAGUGACACUGCAUCUUCAGGAGCACCGUCGAGCCCGUCAGUCAAGUCGGUCAAUAGCCAUGAGGGCCCGACAGAGCGUACUCGUAUCUUCAAGGGUUUUGUGACGGAGCAAUUCCCCGAUUUGCUGCUCCCGCCAAACGCUCUGCCUUCGAUCGAUAUCAAGGUGGCCUCGUCCCGUAUGAAGCCGUCUCGGGCUAGCCUGAUUUCGCUCACACAGCUGGAGGAAGACCCGGUCUUCACCUUGGCCGUCUUCUCUCGCGCAGACGGUGGAGAGCUAUGGCGUGUUGAAAAGGACUCUGCUUCCCUUGCAAAGCUGGACCAACGCCUAAAGCAGUGCCCAGCUUUCACAGCUAGAACACCGGACCGCUCUCUCUUCAGUGGCCAUGCGCCAGCUAAGCUCGACGCCCGUCGUCAAGCGCUGGACAACUACCUGGACGAGCUUCUCAACACUCAGCUGGACAACAGCACGGCAAUGGAUCUUUGCCGCUACUUGUCAACCAAUACGCUACCUCCCAACGCAGAUGAGACAGGCUCGACAUCGGCUGAGGUCCGGAAGGAGGCACAAGCUAACAAGGCCAAGAUCAAAUUUGGUGAUCGGCCGAUCAAGACCGGCUAUCUGACGAAGCGGGGCAAGAACUUUGGCGGCUGGAAGGCGCGUUUCUUUGUCCUUGACGGCCCGCAUCUGAAGUACUACGAGACACCCGGUGGCGCCCACUUGGGUACCAUCAAGCUGCAGAACGCACAGAUUGGAAAGCAAUCCCAACACGGCGACACCUCAUCACCUGCUCGUGGCGGUGUGAGCAGUAAUGCUUCCGACGAACUCGACAACCAGUACCGCCAUGCCUUUUUGAUCCUGGAACCCAAGAAGAAGGACCCUACAGCUCUCACGAAGCACGUUCUUUGCGCCGAAAGUGACCACGAGCGUGAUAUAUGGGUGGACUCUCUUCUUCGUUGGAUCGACUAUCGCGAUGACGGCGAUGAGGACGAUGCACCGUCUGUCUCAGGCGUCCCUGGUACUCUUGACCCGGACCGGCCACAAUCCUCCAACGACUCAAGCCGGCCGAAUGGCUCAUCCGCGACGAAGAAAAAGCUUACCCAGAACAAGAAGCAGCUGCAAAAGCAGCAGCAAGCGUCGGCUCAGCAGUCACAACCACAGCAAUCCUUUGGAAAAGAUGGUCUUAUCGGUGUCAGUUACGACGCGACGCAAGCGGGCGAGAUUCCCCACGGCGUGCCCGGCGGUCGGCAGCGGCGCAAUUCGCAAGACUCGGACGCUCCUCAGACCAUGUCGUCCCAGUCUCCGUACGCAAUCUCUGCACCUCGGGACCCCCAGGUCAUUUCGGACUCAUCUGCUUGGGUUGGCCGCUCGAUGCUCGGCAUGGGCCUGGUGCCACCGACUGUGGACGAGAAGAAAGCGAGAAAGCGGAGUUUCUUCGGGUUUGGAGCGAAGAACCGGACAUCUACUGACGGACCAUCUGACUCUCUCUUCGGCGACAGCAACUCUGGCGGUCCUGCAGGUUCUGGUAGCGGUGGCGGCAACAGCCCCCACCGCCAGGUCUUCGGUGCUCCGUUGGCGGAGGCUGUUCGCUACAAUUCACCUGUCGAUGUCAAUGUGCCCCUUCCUGCUGUUGUGUACCGCUGCAUUCAGUACUUGGAGGCUCGCAAUGCAGUGUACGAGGAGGGUAUCUUCCGUCUCAGCGGAUCGAACGUGCUGAUCAAGCAGCUUCGCGAACGGUUCAACAAUGAAAGCGACGUUGACUUGCUCAACGACAAGACCUACCACGACAUCCACGCUGUUGCUUCGCUGCUGAAGAUGUAUCUACGUGAACUGCCGACGACCAUCUUGACGCGGGACCUGCACAUGCAGUUCUUGUCUGUGACAGAAAUGCCCAACCAUGAAGAGAAGCUUUCGGCUCUGGCCGAGCUUGCCAAGCAUUUGCCACAGCCCAAUGCCACGCUUCUCAAGUAUCUCAUUGCUUUCUUGAUCCGGAUCAUCAACAACUCGGACCGCAACAAGAUGACGGUGCGCAAUGUGGGCAUUGUCUUCUCCCCGACGCUGAACAUCCCCGCGCCCGUCUUUGCUUUACUACUGCAGAACUACGAGGCUGUUUUCGGCAUCGAACCCGAGGAAUACGAGUUGCCAUCGCCUGUAUCGGAUGAGCCCCACGACCGGCGCCCGUCUCUGUCAUCAAUGUCAACUGGGGCAACGAUUGACCCGCUCCCCCAGCGACCGUCGACCUCUCAUGCCGGUGAAUCUCCCCAUCGACAGCGUCUGCUGGAUGCCAUUAAAAACGGCGGCAACGGCGGCCGGAACACGCAAACGCCGCCUCCAGUCUUGAUGAGCUCCGCUGGAUCACAGGUGCAGUUGCGGUCGACGCCCACGCCACCGCCGAUGCAGCCACCUCCGAGUUUUCCGCUUCCAAAACCGGCCCAACAGCAGCAGCAGCGCAUGACAACCUACGAGCCCCAGUACCUGUCUCAGCAACAGGGCAACUCUCAAGUGUCUCUUAGGCCGGCGUACGAAAGUGGCUUUGUGGUACCGGCUGGGUAUGACCCGAUGCAAGUUCCGGCGCCCAACCCAGUUCGCAACAAUCCUGGUUACGACCGUCCGCUGUAUGAAGGGAGUAACAAUGGUGGACUAGCUGCGUAUGAGCGGAACACCCGGCGUGAGAGUGCGAUCCUUCCCAGCAGUCCGGCGAUAAACCUCAACCAGCAGCAGGGUACCAGACGCCCUGGGCCAGGCAACCGGUAUUAG